GCGCGCAAAACUGCAUCAGUUUAAUUCAAGCGUCGAGAGGUGUAAGUUGCCGGCUUGCAAGUGAUAUUAAAUUUUUUUCGGGAUUUGUGAAGCGAAUACAAAAUGUCUUUACUACCUUUGCUUUUGGAUUAUGAAUUAGAUCGUCCUCGCCGUAUUCUGGAUCAGCAUUUCGGCUUGGGGAUAUCUCCCGACGAUCUUUUGAACGUUGUGUGCGGUCCGACUUUGAGUCGCGAUUACUACCGGCCCUGGCGUCAUCUUGCAGCGGCUGCAAGGGACGUCGGUUCUAGCAUCAAAACGGACAAGGAUAAGUUCCAAGUCAACCUAGAUGUGCAACAUUUCAACCCUGAGGAGAUAAGUGUUAAAACAUCCGAUGGCUAUGUGGUGGUGGAAGGGAAGCACGAAGAAAAGAAGGACCAGCAUGGAUAUAUUUCGCGUCAGUUUUGUCGCCGGUAUGCUCUGCCCGAGGGUUGUGUUCCUGAAACCGUGGAGUCCAGAUUGUCGUCUGAUGGUGUGCUAACAAUUAUAGCGCCACGGAAGGUGCCGCCAGCGGUUGAGGGUCAGCGAAAUGUUCCGAUCACUCAGACUGGGCCUGUGCGUAAGGAGGUCAAGGAUCAAGCCAAUGGAGACAAGGCUUAAGUUUUUUAAUGCUUUUCCAAGUCAUUCCUUCUCACUAAGUCAUUCUUUUCCGCUAAGACUGAUUAUUUUUAUUUUAGUAAUAUAAUUUGGUUUCCUCA